AUGGACUUUUGGAGUCGCACUCUUAAGAACAAGAGUUCUGAGCCCCACGGCCUCCAUAGUGGCCACUUCAAGGCAGGCGCCCUCUCCGAACUGUUGGCUUUUUGUGAUACGGCGUUUUGGGUCCUUCCAUUCCGGUCAUGCCAUGCUCCGGAACUCUGGAAGAACCUGAUGACCUUUGCAAUUGAGAAGAAGCCUGGUGACUUCCGCCCACAAGGGAUGCGGACCAUCCAGCUGUUCAACUCGGAGGCUCAAGCCAACUACAAGAAGGCGGGUCGGGCUGCAAUGAAGAAUGCUGAAGAGGAUGACAUCAUCCCUAAAGGACAGUGUGGGUCACGGAAGCAGCACCAGUCCAUUGAUCUCGCCCUUUCCAAACGAUUGAUCUGGGACUCUUCCUGCUGGAUCUCGAAUGACGCGACGUCUUGCUUCAAUCGCAUUGUUCACUGGGUAGCAAAGACGGCCUUGCAGAGAUUUGGCCUGCCAGUCACUGUCACAAACCUAAUGUUUGAUAUCUUGGCAAAGGCUAAACACAGGGUCCGAACUGGCUUCGGCGACUCGGAUCGGACCUUCGGGCCCACUGGCGAUGUUCCCUUCCAGGGCUGCGGUCAAGGCAAUGGAGCAGGCCCGUGCAUCAGGGUUGCAAUCAGUACCAUCCUCAUUGACGCCAUGGAGGCCGAAAGAUUUGGGUACAAGAGCCAAACUGCCCUCACCAACGAGGAGUUCUACGCUUUGUGCUUCUGCUUUGUUGAUGACACCGAAGUCAUGGAGUCAAACAACAACGUGAAGACGACUGGCGAAGACCUCCUUUCUUUUGUACAGUCGGCUUUGGACCUUUGGUCGGGUGGUAUCAGUGCCACUGGUGGAGCUAUCAACCCGGCGAAGUCCUUCUGGUGGCUGAUUGAUUUCAAAUGGCGGCCGUAA